UUCAAAAAUCAGCUGUUGAGAAUUGUCAACGCUCACCUGCGUGUGCCAAAUUCUUUUGCCCCGGUGGUUUUUACGAGGAUGCUUUCUUGCCCCCGGAGAUGUUUGAAACUUAUCAAUUUGCAACUACAAUAUGGUGCACCGACGUGUAGGCGCCACAUUCAAAAUAGGCACAGUGAUUACCCAUCUGUGGAAGUUAAAUUCACUAACGGUCGCCCCAUGACUAUAAGCUCUGGCAAAUUGGCACGCUUUGCCAAUGGCACUGGUGUUUGCCAAAUGGGGGACACAGCAGUAUUGGUGACUGCGGUGUCUAAACCAAAACAGGCACCCGGCGCAAGUUUCAUGCCGCUCGUAGUAGACUAUCGCUUGAAAAGCGCGGCUUCGGGACGAAUACCAAUGAAUUUCUUGCGUCGUGAACUGGGUCCAUCAGAGAAGGAAAUUCUUUCGGCACGUCUUAUCGAUCGCACUGUCCGGCCCCUUUUUCCAUCAGAUUUUCGCACGGAGACCCAGCUAGUGUGCAAUAUACUAUCUAUGGAUGCUAUAUACUCUCCGGAUGUAUUAGCUAUAAAUUCAGCGUCAGUAGCAAUAAGUUUAAGCGACAUACCCUGGAAUGGACCUAUUGGUGCAGUGCGCGUGGGUCUCUGCGACGGUGAAAUAGUAAUCAACCCCACAAGGCGAGAGUUGCAGACUUCACAGCUGGAUUUGGUAGUGUCAGCGACGAAACAAAAUCUAGUGGUCAUGCUCGAAGGCAAGGGUAAUGUGGUGCUAAUGCAAGACUUGCUCAAGGCAAUCAAACAGGGCACACGUGAAGCGCAGUUCAUUAUCAGUGAAAUUGAACGUCUUCAAAAAGCAUAUGGGCGAAGUAAACGAGCCGUUGAAGUACCGCUAGCGGUCGAUACAGACAUUUCUGAGGCUGUAAAGAGCAUGAGUGAAAUGCGGCUUCGUGAAAUUUUUCAAGAUGCUACUCAUGACAAAAUAUCUCGUGACAAUGCAGUAAAUGAUGUGCGAUCAAAUGUCAUCGACAAAGUAUGGUCAUCGUAUCCAGAUACAGAGCCAUCCUUAAUAGGCGAUGAAUUCAAUAAAGUGUGCAAGAGCAUAUUCAGAAGUUUGAUAUUUGAGGAAAAUAAGCGGUGUGAUGGACGCGACUACGAUAGCCUUAGAAAUAUUAAUUGUCAGGUGGACCUUUACAAGCCCUUACAUGGUUCGGCGCUUUUCCAACGUGGGCAGACGCAGGUAUUUUGUACAGUUUCCUUGGAUUCGCACGAAAGCGCUAUGAAAUUAGACGCUAUCACAGCGUUAGAAAGUGGCCUCAAAGCAAAGAAUUUUAUGCUGCACUACGAGUUCCCGCCAUACGCCACAGGUGAAAUUGGUCGCAUUGGUCCGAUCGGACGUCGCGAGCUCGGUCACGGCUCGUUAGCAGAGCGCGCGCUAGUACCUACGCUGCCACAUGAUUAUCCCUUCACAGUGCGGCUCACAUCUGAGGUGCUCGAGUCGAAUGGGUCAAGUUCGAUGGCAUCAGUGUGCGGUGGUUCUAUGGCGCUGAUGGAUGCUGGCGUUCCUGUAACUGCGCCAGCUGCUGGGGUCGCUAUUGGGCUAGUUACAAAAUAUGAAAAUAACGACACGAAGCACCUAUCCGAAUACCGCAUCUUGACUGACAUUUUGGGUAUAGAAGACUACAUGGGGGACAUGGAUAUGAAAGUUGCAGGCACACGCAAGGGGUUCACAGCUAUACAAGCAGACUUAAAAGUGCCCGGCAUACCGCUGAAAGUAGUUAUGGAAUCACUUCAAAAGGCAGCCGAUGCAAAGGGCCGUAUAUUGGAUAUUAUGGGUGAAGUAAUCAGGGAGCAUCGCAAGUAUCCAAAGGAAUGUUGGCCUGUGACUGAACGCAUAACCAUCGAACCACAUCAGCGGGGCAAGCUAAUUGGUCCUGGUGGCAUGCACCUCAAACGUAUCUACCUCGAAACAGGCGCAUCACUUUCGCCAGACGAUGAAUCGACAUAUACAAUAUUCGCACCCUCACAAGCGGCCAUGGACGAGGCAAAGGAGCACAUAGAUGCUUUGCUUACGGAAGAACGCAUACCUGAUUUGGAAUUCGGGGGGAUAUAUACAGCAAAAAUUACAGAAAUACGCGAUACUGGCGUAAUGGUGAUACUGUAUCCAAGCAUGCCACCAGCACUGCUACACAACUCACAAUUGGAUCAAAGAAAGAUUGCGCAUCCAUCAGCAUUGGGUUUGGAGAUUGGCCAAGAAAUACAAGUUAAGUACUUCGGACGUGAUCCUGUGUCCGGCUUUAUGCGCUUGUCGCGCAAAGUGUUACAAGGUCCCACAACAAAUAUACCACGCAGUCACACUAAGACGGCGGAGGAAACGUAGUGAAACACCAAAUGUUAUCCUAUUUACUAAUGCUUUUAGAUUUUGUAAUAUUGGAACUAUUUGUCCAAAAAGGCUGCAAAUUGAACAAGUCAUGCAUCAGUUGUAAAUCUCUAGAAAUUGAAGGCUUUAUUAAAAUCUUUAAUGGAAAUAUA